AUGGUUCCACAUCUUAUGUUGUUAUGCAAGUAUGGUGAUCGUACCAUUGUGUUCAAGGUUGUGUCAAACUGCACGUUGAAAGAUUUAACUAAUUUCUUAAGUUGUAAAUUGAAGAAGUUUGACAGUUGUGGUUGCAUAUUGUUAUCAUACUGUUUGCCUGAACAUUCGCAAUGCAUGAUUGACGAUGAUUUUGAUUUUCAGAAUAUGUUAUCACUUGUUUAUCCCCUUAGUGUUGACCAGGUUUAUGUGACUAUUACUGAAAUAGGCAUUUCAAAUGAAAAACAUGGAGUUAGAAAAUCAAGGGACGCCAGUGAAUCCAUCAUUACUGAUGAUGAAAUGGAUUUACUCCCUAUGUUUUGUCAACAUGAAGAAAGGACUUUGUUGUCUUGUGGAUGGAUGAAUGGAAUUACUCAUAAUGAGAAGUGUUGGGUCACUGCUGUGUGUUCAAUGCGGGAGUCCAAAGCUUGUUUAUGGCGAGUACAUGCAUCUCUAGAAAGCGCUAAUAAUUUUUUCUACAUUAGGACUCUAAAUGAUAAGCAUACUUGUGGAGUUGCAGUUUGUACUUCUAAAAACUCAAGGAUGAGUUCAAAUUUGGUUGCAAGUUUGAUAGUUAAUGAAGUUUGUGGGAAUCCCCAAACUCAUCCAAUUGAUGUUGUGCGUCAAUUUACAAAUCAAUACGGGCUCACCAUUACGUACAAUCACGCUUGGUUGGGAGUUGAGAAAGCUAGGACUACUACUUUUGGAGAUUUCUCUAUGUUUUAUGAUGAGAUUCGAUGGAAUAUGGAUAUUGUAAUGAGCACAAAUCCUAUUAGCUAUUUGCGUCUUGACUAUAACCAUCAAAGUGAACGGUUCAAGAGGUUUUUGUUGCGUUUAAUGCUUCCAUUCAAGGGUUUAGGCAUUGCCGUCCUUUAUUGUUUUUUCCCUCUUGCAAUGGCAAUUGUCGAUACGGAGACCAUAGAUAGUUGGGAAUGGUUUUUUAUGCGUUUGUCGAAUAUAUUGUUAGAUGAAAGACCAAUUACCUUUAUAUCUAAUCGGAAUGCAGGACUCUUUGAGGCUUUACCCAAGGUUUUACCUACUGCUUACCACUAUUUUUUUCUCCAACACUUGAAAGCCAAUUUGAGGGAUAGGUUCUCCAGUCCAAGUUUCAGCAAUACUUUCAGGAGUAAAAUAGUUUUUUUGUUUUCUUCAUGUGCUUAUGCUUCGACAGUGGGAUGUUUUAAUCAAUGCUUGAAAGAAUUACAAGAUAAGGGAAAAGGGAUCGUUUGUAAGUUUCUAUCCAAUUUUCCCUAUGACAAGUGGACUAAUGCAUAUUUCAUAGGACAAAAAUACGGUGAAAUGCACUCGAAUGUGACAGAGUCUUUCAAUUCAUGGAUCCUUCAAGCUCGCCAUUUGCCCACUAUGAAGAUGAUUGAUUCAAUUAGGUUGAAAAUCAUGGAUUUGAUGUCGAGAAGGAGAGAACAAAAUAAGAAAUGGAAUACUUUUCUUUGUCCGGAGAUGGAUUCAACAUUAGUAAAUGCUCUUAAAAGUAGAAGAAUUUGGUUAGUUAGUCGUUCAAGUGAUCAUGUUUUUGAGGUUCAAUCCUGGCUAUCGGUUAGCGUUGACCUCUUGAAUAGAACUUGCCCAUGUUACCAAUGGCAAUUGAAUGGAUUUCUUUGCGCUCACACGGCGACCGCUAUCCAAAAGAGCGGAGGUGAUUUGUAUGCACAUGUGGAACCAUUUUAUUACAUUAGUAAGUUCAAAGCUUGCUAUGCUGAGUCCGUUUAUGCAAAACCCAUUGCUGAGAAACCUCUUGUAACUAUGGAUGAUCUUAUUGUCCUUCCUCCAAUUUGUAAGAAGCCACCUUGUAGGCCAAGGAAGAAUAGAAUUCCAUCUAGGGGUGAGAAGAUAAGACGAGUACAGUGUGGUAGAUGCGAGAAGUACGGUCAUAAUAGAAAGACUUGCAAGGAGACAUUGCCGUAA